CAGGUCUUUUUUAUAUCUAAGGAAAUACUACAGCUGGUGAUGGAGGAUGCCAUUGACGAUUGGCUUUUGUGCCAGAUUUAUUGGCUUCGGAGGGAGGAAACUGUUGCCCUAGGGAUUCGAUGGAUUCAAGAUCUCCUGUGGCCAGGUGGUAAAUUCUUUAGAACAAUAGGGAACAUUCACAGCAAAUUUGGUAAUGCUCAUAUCAACCAGACGCAUUCACCUUCGUUUAACUUCAGCCAAUUUUGUGGGAGUAAUGCCUCUAAACCUGGAUCCUUUGAGCAACAACUUGAGGCUACUCGUAGAGAAAGUGACAUAAAAAAGAUCAUUGUCGAUGGACCUCCAGCAACAUUAAUUAGCUUGAUUGGGUAUAAGCAAUACCGACGAUGUGCAAGAGACAUUUAUUAUUUCACUCAGUCUACUGUAUGUAUUAAGCAACUUGCUUUCGCGAUCGUAGAACUCUUACUUAUAUCAGUUUUUCCCGAGCUACGAGAUAUUGUGAUGGACCUUCAUGUCAAGAAACAUAUGAACGAGGCCUAG